CUUCGCCCUCUCGACUGUCUCUCCUGUCACUCAACCUGAGAAAUCCAGCUUGUCUACACUUCAAAAUCCCUCUUCUUCCUCCGGAUCACGUUAACUCGGCCUGUUUGCUUGAAAAAAGACCCAUUCUCAGUAGCAAACCGCUCUCUAUAUCGAAUCAUCACACACCGACAUCCGUCUCGCCCACUGGUAUUCCUGGCCACGGUGCUUCUCCAGUCUCCCGCCGUCUUCUUUCCUUGUGCUCUCCUAGGCCUCAGGCUCGUCUCUUCCUAUCUGGAUGGCUCUGAAUUCCAGAUAAAACGAAAUCGUGACUGAGUCGACAUGUUGGCCGUACGAAGUGCGAUGGACGCUUUACAACAUCCCACGUCUUUAGGUCCAGAGCGGGAAAGUCUGAUGCGCCAACCUUCCGCGGAAGAUCUCGAUGCUGCUCGUCAGCUCGUCUCGUCAGCCCGUGGUGGACGCCAUGGAUCACAAUCACAUCUAACUCCUUACGAUGGUCAUCUAAGCGAUGCUGCCACCGAAACUAGCCAACCCAGUCGACCUAGUCCUAGACCCGAUGCUACCGAUGCACCGCGUCAUUCAAGUGAGCUAGCUGAACAGAGAGAUGAUGGUAGUGGUCUGGGUCAAGUCUGCAGUAAUUGUGGCACCACCAAAACACCCCUAUGGCGACGAUCGCCGACAGGUACCACGAUAUGUAAUGCGUGUGGCCUUUAUCUCAAGACUCGAAAUACACCCCGGCCGACAAAUUUCCAACGUCCAAACUCAACUGCCCCAGGAGAAAGCCCUCGCCACCGCGUCGGCACGUCUCCAGCAGCAGCAACUUCGCCAGUAGCAGCGCCAAACCAACCUGCUAGUAUCCCCUACCGGGUGCCGGAGCAUACUCCAGGUUCCUGCCCAGGUGGAGGCAGUUGCAACGGAGCGGGUGGUGCUGAAGGCUGUUCCGGGUGCCCCGCCUACAACAAUCGAGUCGCACGCUCUACAAACCCUUCGGCUCUUCCGACCAAUAUUCCUCAGUCUACCGCCGAGGGCGCCGCUUCGACCAGUACACGUCCAUCCCAAAGCGCUGCAAUCGAUACCCCUGCUUCUCAGCCUUCGCCUGGUAACAAUACUUUGGUUGUCGCCUGCAAGAACUGCGGCACCACGGUGACUCCUCUGUGGCGCCGGGACGAACAAGGCCACCCUAUCUGCAACGCGUGCGGUUUGUACCACAAACUACAUGGUUCACAUCGGCCUGUGCAGAUGAAGAAAUCAACAAUCAAGAGAAGGAAACGAGUGGUUCCUGCAUAUUCUGACGUGCAGAGACCGGAUGGCGCCGCUUCGCAAAAGACUGUGUCUACCUCCCCUGAGCCCAUCUCACCUGAACAACACGCCUACCAAGAGUCCAACGACGCAUCUCCCCCACCGAAAAGAAGGAGGCCACCACCUACUGUGGACUACACUGGCUAUGUCCCUGGAAUAACAACCGGUGAUACCCAGCAAACCGGACCAGCACCUGCGGAUGAUUAUCGGGUUCAAGCCCAACUAGCUGCUGCGGCCGCAGAAGGUAUGCACCUUGACCCUGCAUUGGCAGAUGCCGGUCGCCGACAGCAAGAACCGGAUGUCAGUCCACAAGUUGCUGCGGAUGGCACGAAUACUGAUCGAGAGCGGGAGCUUCUGCGAGCCGAGCGCCGAGCUCAACUUAUGCGCGAGGCCGAGGUCAUGAGGGCAGCGCUACGUGCCAAAGAACGAGAAAUUGAUGAUCUUACGUGAGGUAUGGCGAGCAAAGAAAGGAUAUAUGAUUUUAAGAUGGGCCCGCUCAUUCGACCGACAUGACCGAGUUGGACGAGGCUGCAUUUGAAGGCACACAGCAAGGCGUUGGUGGUCAUUGUUGGAUGACGCUCAGGGCCAGAUGACAGCUUCUCGUCGAGCUCAUCAUUGGUUCCUUUUCUAUGGACUGAUAUGAGCAUCGCACAGCCCCUUUGUCCUGGAUGGACCGGGCGGGGACUUGUGCGGCAGCCUGUGAAUGUGAGCGGACUUUGGGAAAGUCGAGCAGCGCUACAUAGCAUUAUCACUUGCCGAGGCAAGGAAUCUACUCUCAGCUGCCAGAGGAG